CAGUCACGAGCUUUGAUGGAUCCAGGAAGUCUCACUGAGUCUCACCGGGGGAGGAAAAAAAAAAUAAACAAAAACAAAAACAACAACAACGAAACCUAAAAAUACAGCAGCGUGUAAAAAAGCUUACAACCACAUGACUCAGCCACGAAGUAAGAAAAGCUGGUUUCCAUGUGUGAUAAACAUGUCGAGUGUGAUUCAGAUCUAUUAAAUCACACGUGUUUUGGCUUUUGCCAGAGCUUAAUUUGUUGAUUUAAUUAAUCGCGGCUAAGUAUUUGUACAAUAAUCCAUUGAUCAGCAUCGCACUCCUCCGUCUGCGUUGGUAGUACGAGCCACAGACAGAGGUACAGACGGACAGACAGUGACAGGCUGAGGUAUAUAAAAGUAAACGGGGCUCACACACUGUUGUAGUGUGAGUGGAGGGAAUCAAACAAACACACACACACACACACACACGCACACGCGCGCGCACACACACUCCGGCUCUGCAGCUCCACGCGUGCAGGCUGGAAAGCGACCAAGCUGCAGGCUUCAGUUCAAACAACCUGGAUUUUUUUUAUUCUUACUGUUUCAUUUUCCCUCUGCGCCACUUUCAAUCCAGAUUAGGUGAGUCUGAUCUAAACCGUCUCCAGUCCGACUCCAGUGAGUGGAGACCAACAACAACCACAAACACAACGUGAUCCAGAUCCAAGGCUGCACCUUUGUUUGUGUGUUAUUAUUACUUUUGAGUGCAGUUUCGCUGCACCUGAAACUUUUACCCUCCGAGGACAAACCGCGGACGACAUGCCAGGGUUUGUGGCUUUGUUGGCCGCGUUUGCAGUCCUCUCGGGCGGGUUAAGAAGCUCCGCGGCCGGGGUGGAGAUGCCGAGUUCCGUGGUCGUGGAGGAGAGCUCCGUAGCGGGGGUGAAGAGCUCCGCCGUGCCCGCGGUGGAGUGGACACCAGCCGUGGUGCACAGCACCGCGGUGGCCAGGUCGGGGAGCUCCGGGGACGGGGACGGGGACGGAGGAGCGGGGCGGGCUGGCUGCCCUGGCCGCUGCCGGUGCGAGGUGGACGGGCUGCUGCACCGGGUGGACUGCUCGGACCUGGGGCUCCGAGAGAUACCGAGCAACCUGAGCGUCUUCACAUCCUACCUUGACCUGAGUAUGAAUAACCUGACUGUGUUGUCCAGUGGAGGUUUGUCCAACCUGCACUUCCUGGAGGAGCUGCGCUUGGCGGGAAACGAUCUGUCGGUCAUCCCCGGAGGAGCCUUCAACGGCCUCUACAACCUCAAAGUGCUGAUGCUUCAAAACAACCAGCUGAGGUCCGUCCCUGUUGAGGCGCUUAACAACCUGCACAACCUGCAGUCACUCCGUCUGGAUGCCAAUCACAUCUCCAGCGUCCCCGUCGGCUGUUUCUCCGGCCUGCGUUCGCUCCGUCACCUGUGGUUGGACGAUAACUCUCUGACGGAGGUGCCAGUGGAGGCUCUGAGCGAUCUGCCCGCCCUGCAGGCCAUGACCCUCGCCCUCAACCUCAUCGGCCACGUCCCCGACCACGCUUUCAGCAAGCUGGGCCGCCUGGUGGUGCUGCAUCUCAACAACAAUAGGAUCGUUUCCAUGGGAACGAACUGCUUCCACGGACUCCACAGUUUGGAGACGCUGGAUUUGAACUACAACAGCCUGGUCGAGUUUCCCACGGCCAUCCGCUCGCUCGGUCACCUCAAAGAGCUCGGUUUCCAUAGCAACAACAUCCAGUCUAUCCCAGAGCACGCCUUCACUGGGAACCCGUCGCUGAUCACCAUAUUUUUCUACGACAAUCCGAUCCAGUCCGUCGGACGCUCGGCCUUUCAGAACCUACCGGAGCUUCGCACACUCUCGCUGAACGGGGCGGCGGAUCUCACCGAGUUUCCAGAUCUGACAGGAACCAAGAGCUUGGAGAGCCUGACUAUCACGGGAGCUCGGAUCACCUCUCUGCCCGGCUCAGUGUGCGAGCGGCUCCCGAACCUGCAGCUGCUUGAUCUCUCCUAUAAUCAGAUCCAGACUCUUCCCAGCUUCUCCGGUUGCGAAAGCAUCCAGAAGAUUGAUCUGCACCAUAACGAGAUAGAGGAACUGAAGGAGAACACCUUCCACGGUCUGAUGUCUCUGUGCUCUCUCGAUUUGUCGUGGAACAGGUUGUCGUCAGUGAAGCCGAACUCUUUCUCUGCUCUGCCCGCUCUGACCAAACUUGACCUGUCGUCCAAUCAACUGUCCUCUCUGCCUCUGAUUGGUCUGCAGAGUUUAACUCACCUGCGAUUGGCUGGAAACGACCAGCUGAUGGAGCUAAUACCUCGAGAGGACCUGCCCCGAGUCAGGGUGAUGGAGCUUCCUUACGCCUUCCAGUGCUGUGCCUUCGUCUCCUGUGAGAGGAGAGGAGGAGGAGGAGGAGGAGGAGGGGGAGGAGCGGGAGGAGGAGGAGGUUUGUCCUGGGAGCGGGAGGAGGCGGCGGACUUCCCGGGGAGAGACACGAGCCAAGUAGAUCAGGACUGGGAGGAUUUUCUGAUGGAGUUUGACGAUGAACCAAAACCUCACCACUCGGUCCACUGCAGCCCUGCACCAGGUCCAUUUCGUCCCUGCCUCCAUCUGCUCGGCAGCUGGUUGAUCCGUGUGGGGGUGUGGGUCGUCGCAGCGCUCGCAUUGGUCAGCAACAGCCUCGUCGUGCUUUCAAUCUUCUUUUCCCCCGCCACCUCGGUCUCGCCCCCCAAGCUGCUGAUUGGCCUGCUGGCCCUGGUGAACGGCCUCAUGGGAGUGUGGAGCGGAUGGUUGGCGGCGGUGGACACCUGGACGUUUGGGAGCUUGUGGAGGUACGGGGCAAAGUGGGAGAGCAGCUUCCUGUGUCGACUCAGCGGCUUCCUGUGUGUAUUUGCGUCACAGACCGGCCUCUUCCUGCUCACCGUCGCAGCUCUUGAGCGGUGCCUGGCCGCCGGCGCACGACGCAAAAAAACUGACGACCACGGCGGUCACUCGGCGUCGCCGCGCUCCGUCCUUCUGUCCGUCUUUCUGUGUUUCCUGUUGGGUUUGGCCGUCACGCUGCCCCCCCUGGUGGCCGGACACAGUAAUACCUCCCUCUGUUUGCCGCUGCCUUCCUCCUCCUCCUCCUCCUCCCUGGCCUUCUCCGUCUCCCUCGUGCUCCUCGACUCGCUGUGUUUCCUCCUCAUGACGCUGGCCUACACUCGUCUCUACUGUCGGGCCAACAAAGCUCCGCCUGCCUCCGAAGAAGAGGCGGCGCUGACUCGACACGUGGCGUGGCUGCUCUUCUCCGACUGCCUCCUCUACCUCCCUGUGGCCUUCCUCUGCUUCUCCUCCCUGCUGCGACUCCCCGCCGCCGGGCCGGAGGCAGCAAAGGCGGUGCUGCUGCUCGUGGCGCCGCUGCCGGCCUGCGUCAACCCGCUGCUCUACCUCCUCUUCAACCCACUCGCCAGGGAGGAGCUGGUAGCGCUCGCCAAACGCACCUGUGGAGCCGUGAUGGUACCCGGACUACACAGGGGAGGGGGAGGAGGAGGAGGAGGAGGAGGAGGAAGGUCGAUGCCAGUAAUGAUGGAUUCAACGUACGACGAGGACGCGGAGAAACAGUCGUGUGACUCGACUCAGGUGCUGGUGGCAGUCGGAGGCACCGAGGAAGAGGAGGAGGAGGAGAGAGGGAGGAUAAAGAGCGAGACACAACAUUCAGUGGCGUUUGUUGUUCCACGUCACUAGACUGACACACACACACACACACACACCCAAACACUUAUAGGGUUUGAAGUUCUCACCUGCAAAAGUCCAAAUAUCUAACCUGAUAAACUCUGAGACUCACCCUGGGUCAUCGGUCGUCUUUAUUCCUCGGUGUCUUUUGUCCCGGCUGGCCGCCGUACACUCCUUCAGAUGAUGCCCAAUCAAAUCAAAGCACCACUGUCGGGUUCCCAACCCGGCGGGUCGGCUGAAAAAUGCCUGAGGAAACCGUUUCCGGGGGAGACGGGACUCCAGGUCGCAGUGCAGGACGGCUGCAUUUCUGUGUAGAUGUGGUUUCAGGCUCUGCACGGGGAGGGAAAGUGUCUCUUUAAGUGGUGGAGGAAGCGCUUAGGUAAAAGUAGUGAUACCACCAUGUAGAAGUAAUCUGUUACAAGUAAAAGCCCUGCAUUCAAAAUGAUACUUGAGUAAAAGUACAAAAGCUGAAGCUCAGAGAGAAGAUAAAAUUGUCCGUAUGAUGUUUGUUCCGUCCAACAAUUUCAUAUUGCGGCUGUAAUGGACACUGCAGCCUGUAGGGGGCCCUUGAAGGGACUUUGGCAGGUGAGACAAAGACCUAAAUUUGGGACACGACACACACACACACACACACACACACAGUUACAGAUACACAAGUAGACUGAUAUGACUGUGUGGCAGCAAAUGUAGCAGGGGACAGUGAAAGAAAACAAAAGAAAUGAAAGCACAUGAACAAACCUCCAGUUAAACUCCAACUCUCUCUCUCUCUCUCUCUCUCUCUUGUUGUCUGUCCUUGUCUCUCCACCAUCUUUUAUUUGUUUUAUAUUUUUGCUGAAGCCGAAAGAGUCGAUCAAAACUAAAAGUUGGAUCAAAAUAAAUGAAAAGAGAAGAAGAACUCUGCUCAAUCGUGGACAUCAAAAUCUGCUAAUUUCUGAUUGGUCGAUCCUACGUCUCUCUCACACACACAUACACACACACACAAACACACACAGAUAAUGAAGAGUGUGAAUUCAGCUGCUUUUAUGUUGAAGUAAGUCGUGAUUUAGAGCAUUUCUUGCUCCAGACAUCCUACCAAAUGUUCUAGCAAAGGCUGUUGACCAUUUUCUUUGUGUGUGUGUGUGUGUGUCCACAGCUAAUGUGUUUUUGCGAGUGUGUGUGAAAACUGAAGGAUCUGUGUGAGUUUUGCCACACAGUCGAUCCCCAAACUGAAAACGGGAACCAGAAGACAAACAGGAUUAAAGACCAACUGAAGCUCGUGUUCAGCCACUUUAAAAAAAAAAAACAUAACGUUGAACUGGUCCUUUAAAAUAAUGACUUCUUGUCAUACUCAUAACAUGCACUUCAAGUUUUUCGCAGUGGAAAACUGGUCCCAGGUUCAGCCUGUAAUGUCAUUAAGCAUGAGGCUGGAUUUGUAUAUUUGUUAUUGUCCGCAAACCCCACAGACAGACCCAAACCAACAGCGUGUCAGUCCGUCUCUCGGCACCUUCCCUCCUCUGUCUGUGGCUCUCGGCUCCGAGCCCAUUGGUUCCUACUGAAGAUGUAACUCUUCAGCAACACCUCACAAAUAGUUCUUAAAAAGUCUCUGUAAUUUUCUCAAGCAGCUGCUGACUGUUUAUUUUUUUUAAUCAAACAAACAGGGAGAAACACAUAAAGGAUUCGUUGGCGGCUAUUUUCAGCGGCGGAUUCAUCCACAUCUGGUGCUGUAGUGAGUAUUUGUGGCAGCGGGACGGCGUGUGUGUGUGUGUGUGUGGGACUGAGCCUAAAUAAACCACGGCGUGUGUGCGCUGAUGGCGAUGAAGGAACGUGUCACCCAGUGAAACAGUGUGAGCUCACUGGUGUGUUUUAAUCGUUUCUGGAAACAACGGAGCUCUGUGGCCCAGAGGAACCAGAUACGUCAGGCUCUGAUACAGGCACCGUAUUUGUUAGCGGGACACAGUCAGUGUUGGUUUGGACUCUGCACGUGGGAUUUGUUGAAAAGAAGAAAAAUGUAGGAUAACAAUGUACCUUUGUUGUGUACUGUCCUACCCCAGCAACCUGUGUUAAAUGGAAAUGUAUUCUAUUAAUGAAGUAAAAUUCCUUUUAAAGUUUCUAAACAGUCAAUAAAAAAAGAUUCAAACAAAAAUAAUUUAAAUAUCAGAUUAUGAGAAAUGUCAAAACAUCUGGUUUAGAACGGAUUCACUUGUCAAAAAAAGGACCCGCUGCGAGUGUCUGUACGCAUGUCAAAUGUGUUUAUGCAUAUUGUUGUAAAUGCAGGCUACUGUGACAAUCUUGUGUUUCUAUCAUGCAGACUGUGAGAAAUCAUCUCUGCUGAAAUGUUGAUAAUGUUGAUAAUGUCUGCAUAUACAGUAUGAUAACGACGCAGCCCAGAAAGGUUUUUAUUUUUUCUUUUCUUUUUUGUCAUCACAAACUGUAAAAUUUGAACAUUUCACAUCCGCGCGAGUCUGAAUAUUUCACUAAACUGGUAAUUCUUCAUGAACCCGUCGCACGAACAUCACCCACGUCCCGUGAAACUCACAGGCCGAAAACCGAGGUGAGCUCGACUAAAAAGUCGGUUGACAAGUUCAAGUUCCCCCUGCCGGGCUUUCGGCCACAUCUCACGCUCUUCAUCAGCGGAUGGAGUUUGCUCACUGACACGUGACCAAAUAUACUGUAGGGACCCCUACACUCAGUCGUAACAACGGAGCAUCCGCUGGGGAGCAUGUGAGAUUUGGUUGAAAGCUCCGGGAAAAAGUUUUUUGGUUUUUUUUAAUUUUAUCAAAUGUGGUUUUGAAAACAAACAAACUUGUGAAUCUGUAUUUGUAAACGCCCGUGUACUAUGUUGUGGUUUUGAUUUCUAACAUAAAAAAACUGUGUCAAAGUCAUCACGUGGACUAGCACAGUGUGGGGGCGGAGCGUGGUUUCCAGGCUCCGCCCCCACAUCCGUAGCUAUGGUAACAGGGAAAAAAAAACAAAAAAGGGCAUGGACUGGUUGAACCGCUGCACUUUCUGUGAUCAGCACUUCAAAUCUUUAAAAAAAAAAAAAGUUCAUAAGCUUAACGGUUCGAACGUCAUCCGUCCAUCUGUUCUCCACUUCUGUUGUAAACUUUUGUAAAUGAUCUGAGUAUUUUCACUUAUCUUAGUUUGUAAAAGCCAGAAUGAAGUUUUAGUCCGUGACGCAUCUGAAGCAACGGCGUGGCUGCAACUGCUCUGAGUUGCCGGUCUUCAGUUCUAGCAGAUUUCAGAGUAGCCAGCGGAGGGACUGUGAUACUCCGGGAAAAUGGGAAAUCAUCUCCAUUCAUCUCGGAUCCGCCUCCCACUUGGUUAAAUACCCACUAAGCUCAUUGAGCUCCACGGUCAGAGAAUCCCUCGACGAAAUCUCGCGUUUGAAGGUCUCUCGUUGAACGUCUGCAGUUGUGAACAAGGCCGGCGGACUGAACAGCGUGGAACGCCUCAACUUACAGGUGCCGAAGUGUGGAAACGUUUCAGCAAAGACAAUGAAACUACUUCCAAAUUCAGUGUUUGGGGGAGGGUGCUCUCAACAAAGAGGGGAGCGACAGAUCCCCUGCUUAAGUAUUCAUCGACCCUCCAUCCGGUUAAAGUUGUGGCAUCUUUUGAGAACCGGAGAAGGACGAAUUGCUGAAAAAUCUACUUCAACAGAUUCGAUGUACAGAUUCGGAAUUGGAUUGUGAUUUUAAGAAAACGCCAUCAAACCACAUCCCUGCAAAUAACACUGUCAUUUCCUGCCUUGUCUUUGAGUGAUGUUCAAUUGUAUUGUCUUAAAAAAAAACAA